AGCCCCCGCGGCUGGAAGAAUGAGCUUGUCCCUCCUCCUCCUCCUCUUCCUCAGCCACCUGAUCCUCAGCGCCUGGGCUCACGGGGAGAAGCACCUCGCCCCCAAAGGGCAACCCGGACCCGCUGCCACCGGCCGGAACCCGGGCGGCGCGGGCGGCAGCAGCACCAGCGGGGGCACGACGUCUUCCUCUUCUUCCUCCGUCUCCUCCGCCCCCGGGGCUUCGCCGGGCAUCCGAGGAAGCGGCUCGGAGCAGGGCAGCUUCCAGUGGAGCCCCUCGGGGCGCCGGACCGGCAGCCUCUACUGCAGAGUGGGCAUCGGUUUCCAUCUGCAGAUCUACCCGGAUGGCAAAGUCAAUGGCUCCCACGAAGCCAAUAUGUUAAGUAUUUUGGAAAUAUUUGCUGUGUCUCAGGGGAUUGUAGGAAUACGAGGAGUUUUCAGCAACAAAUUUUUAGCGAUGUCAAAAAAAGGAAAACUCCAUGCAAGUGCCAAGUUUACAGAUGACUGCAAGUUCAGGGAGCGAUUUCAAGAAAACAGCUAUAACACCUACGCCUCCGCAAUACACCGAAGUGAGCCCGCGGGCCGGGAGUGGUACGUGGCGCUCAACAAGCGGGGCAAGGCUAAGCGGGGCUGCAGCCCGAGGGUCAAACCCCAGCACGUCUCCACCCACUUCCUGCCAAGGUUCAAGCAGCUGGAGCACCCAGAACUUUCUUUCACAGUUACUGUCCCUGAGAAGAAGAAGCCACCCAGCCACGUCAAGCCAAAGGUUCCCCUGUCUGCUCCUCGGAAAAGUCCCAACACAGUGAAAUACAGACUCAAGUUUCGCUUUGGGUGAGACUCCGCGUGGCCUGGUGAGAAACCAUGCCUUGCCCUCGG